AGUGGAAUGAGUCAGGAAUACUGCUGAUCGACAGAAACACAAGCACAAUGGCCGACCACACCCACCCCUCCACAUGUAAACACAUACAGACAGCCUCCAUCAGUCCACUGGCUCUGAGGCGACUCUAUGAGGGCUGCAGCCGGCUGUUGGUCACAGUGACACCAUCAUCCUCACUUGAACCAGAACCAGAAGGAACAAGUUAGGUCCAGUUUGUGGCAGCAGUAUGUUUCGGUACACUCCGCCCUGGAAGGUUCUGUGCCAGAGUCUGGAUCCGGAGAACAAGAGACUCUCAAACAAAGAUUGCCAGUCUGUUUGGUCUCCACAGAGUUCUCAGAGAUCCAGAGACUGUCUUCCUCCAGCAGAGCCUCCCCCCAGUGUCUCCACAACUUCCGCUGCAGACAUGGACAGCUCCCCCAGGAGGUGGGUGCUAAAGCCUCUGUCCCCCCUGCUGCAGCCCUCAGAUCUGCGAACCAUUGCUGGUCCUGCUCCUAGCCCAGAUGACCGGGACUCUGGCUCCUUGGUGGUUUUGCAGGAGAAUGACAGAACCCAGAAUGGCCAGGUUGAAGUCCACCUUGUCACUGUGUUGCAUGAUGGGAACUCUAGCAGUGACGAGUGGCAGCCCAGCAGUCCUGGCAGUGGCUCUGGCUCUCAAUGCGGUUUCUACUCUUUCGUGGAGGAUCCCGCAAGUCCUGAAGCUGAGCUGAACAAAGCCUGGAUGGUGUCACCACAGCGGCAGUCUCAACUGGCCAUCCUGAAGAAAGAGAAAGGAUUCAAACUACAGACCUACAGCAGCAACAAGAAGCCAGAGAGUCUGUUCACAGAGAGCAAUGGUGACUCCCAGUAUAGGGUGAAUCCCAACAAUGGGAUCAGAAUGAUGGAUGAGGAUGAGGAGAAACAGUUUCGUAAGAUGAUCAUCCACAGCCAAGCUCCUAAGAGGAGCCAAACAGAACCACAGACCCAAGGAGAGACUCUGGACCCCAUACUGUCCACAGAUAGACUGAUAGAAGGGUUCAGUUUGAGUUUCAGUCCUGUCAGCUCCAGACCAGAACCCCCUUGCCCCGCUGAGCCAGGGACUGUUGUUAAGGAGCAGAUCAACUUUGGUACAGCCCGACAGAAGUUUCUGCAGAUGGAGCAGGACCAACUGGCAUUGAUGCUCAGCAGUGUUCGGUCCCCCAGAACACAAAUGAAUUUAACUCCAGAGCUGGAUCCUGAUGUUUAUGUGUCAAAAAAGGUGAAGAUCUAUGGUACCAUGGAUGCAAGCAAUGACACGACUCCAUUUAAACCAGCAGAGAAAGAUGAGACGGAUCUUCAGAGGAAGGUGACGGUGUUUGGGUCGAAGAGCAGUCUGAGUAGGGAAAGUAGUGUCUUUGAAGAAAUGGACUCUGGCCAUGAAGUACUCUCAUUAGAAAUGGCUGGAGGCUACACCAGUGAUGAUGGCCAACUUGGUGACACUUGCAAAGAUCACCGGAGCAAAUCCAAGGUGGUCCAUGAAACACCUAUUGAAAGGGAAAUCCGAUUAACUCAGGAACGUGAGGAGGAACUACGACGGUCUCGAGGACUGAAGCACAGCAGUGGUCGAGGAGAGAUGGUCAGAAUCAAAACCAGAUAUUCACAGCUGUCCCUGACGCCUGACACAACCUUUAGGAAGAAUCAAGGGAGCUUCAACAUCCACACCAAAAUCCAAAGGGAAAACCUAAGGGAGGAGGGUCUUCAGCAACCAGAGGAGAGCCAGGAACCAGACAGCAGAGAUCCUCCACCACAACUUGAGGACAAGUGUAGAGAGGCUGACCGACAAGAUGAGAACAUGACUGGAGAUGAGCCUGAUUCUGGAACAGAGGACGUGUUCCUAUCUCCAUGCUGCCCUCACCGACAUCCUGAUGAGUCCUGGUUCUCCCAAACAAACCAGGCCACCUCCCUCCUCUCCUCAUUCACUAGCAGAGACUCUAAUGACAGGAGACAAACAGCUUUCUCUCCCUCCCCUCCUGCUUCUCUAAAACCAACAGCACUGCAUGAAACAGAGCUUCCUCAGAGCUGGAGGAAGAACCUGGGGUCCACUGGCCUGCAGCCCAGAGGGCAAGGAGCUCCAGAUUUCAUUGAGAAGGAGAUUGAGGAGGCUUUGAAACGGGAACUGGAGCUGAGAGAGCUGAGGGAGUCCAUGAAGGAAACCAGCAAACCCAUCUUCUCUCCAACUCCUCUGAUGGAACAGGCAUCCAAGAUAGCCAUCGGGCAGUUCUACCCUCCAGUGAAAACAGACAAACCCGUCAGUAUGUCCUCGUCCUCUCCUCGUCUCAGCUCCGUGUCCUUCAUCACCGCUAAGCCCUGGAUCUCCUCACCUUCCCUCGACUCCUCCCCAGCGGCGGUCCGGACAGUGCCUCUUGUUCCUCGAGGGUUGACGGAGACUCUGCUACAAGACUUUGAGGAACAUCGAGCCAAGCUGAAGCUGGAAGACAGCGCUUAUGCAGGAAUCCAGCUGGUUGAUGACAUCAACAAUGAGGUGGUGGAGUCAACUCGAGUUGUUCGUCAUAAGAACCAGCGAGCUCUGCUGUGGGAGGCAGGAAUGUUCAUCAACCAAGACAACCAGUGAGACCACUAGGACCAGAUGCAGAACCAGAUAUGGUUCCCUGAGUGUGGAUAAAUCCUGAGCAGGGUGAAGGAUUAGAGACUCCUGAACAAAUCAAGCAGCACCUGACGGACUCUUACAGACGUGGCGUCCUCACCUCAUCCAAUCAGCUGCUGCCCAGUAGAGACAACUGGUUUCUUUCAGCAGAACCUCAGAGUGAAGCAGCGGUUUAAUCUUGAGAAUUUUAAUUUGACACAGCUAAGCAGGAAGUGUGUAACUGUUCAUUAAUAAAGCUAAUGCACCAAAAUAAACGAAAUAAUAAAAUCA